AUGCGACAAAGACGCUGGCUUGAAUUGAUCAAGGACUAUGAUUUACAGAUUCACUACCAUUCGGGCAAAGCCAACAUUGUGGCAGAUGCACUAAGUAGAAAGAAUGUGGGGAAUCUAGCUUAUUUGCUCACAGACCAGAAAGAAUUGCUACUAGAGUUUGAACGACUUGAAAUUGAAGUGGUACCUUUUGAACUAGAUAACUUUAUAGCUGCAAUGUCUGCACAACCUGCAAUUAUUGAAGAAAUCAAACAAAAGCAAAUGAAUGAUGAAUUUUUGAAGAAGAUUUGCGAUGAAUUUGACACCAAGCCUAAAUCGGGAUUCACGAUUGAGGAUUUUGUGUUGAGAUUUCAAGGGAGAUUAUGUAUUCUUGAUGAAACUGACUCUAAAAGGAUAAUUUUAGCGGAAGCUCACAAAUCAAUGUUGCCCAUGCAUCCAGGAAACAUCAAAAUGUACCAAGAUUUGAAGCUAGGAGACCACACCCGACGGGUUGGCCGAAUAGUGAGAGCUUCUUGUGGUCGUGUAGGUCCUCAUUGGCCGCAAGACGUCUGCAACAGUCGGAUAUGGACAUGGGGUCGCCGGAUCCCAUCAAACGUUCGAUUUGUUGGCAUUCUUGAACCUAUUCGGGGAGUGUUACGGCCCUCCCUCGGUAUACCACUCCGUUUUCGAUCAUCCGGCAUAGCUUUGACCCCUUGGGAUUUCUUUAAAGAGCUUUCCAGUUCUGCUCAAUUUUCAAGAGGCCGUACUGAUCAACCUCGACCUCGAAGGGAGAGUCUGGGUGCAUUGGAUGUAUGGGCCUUGGGUAUUCUGGGCAUUUGGUGGGGCGUUUCUGCAGUAGGCGGCGUGCCUCAGAGUAAUGGAAGCCCUCGCGGAGAGGGAUUUGGUGUGAAGCAGAUGCCUAUAGAUUUCUAUUGUUAG